GAAAAACGUGGACAUCAUCCUACAAAGAACGGUGCGAAUCGUGUUCGACAGCGAAAGUACCCAAGCACAAUAUCUACGCGUCUCAACGACUAAGCGGAACAAUACAUCCGCUCCGUACGAAUUAUUAUAAUAAUAUUAUUAUUAUUUGAUAUCCUCGUCGUCAGCCACACACGAGAAGCCAUCAUGAAAUUGGCAAUCGCAGUAGUAAGCUGUAUGCUGGUCGGUCUAGUCAGCUGUCAACAGUAUCAACCCACAACUCCUAUUCCCAUCGUCCGAUAUGAAAAUGAUGGAGUUAAUUUUGAUGGAUCUUAUAAAUGGGCAUACGAAACYGGCAAUGGUAUCCAAGCCCAAGAAAGUGGUUACGUGCAACCGGCUCAAGAUCCUAGCCAAUCAGCCCUGAAUGUCGAAGGUGGCUACUCUUACACAGCUCCGGACGGUACUCCAAUCAGCGUCAAAUACGUGGCCGGUCCCCAAGGAUUCGUGCCGGUCGGCGACCAUCUGCCCACACCACCACCAUUACCGCCAGCAAUCGCCAAGUUGCUCCAAUUCCUCGCCACUCAGCCGUCCACACCGGAACCAGCUUACAACAAAAUUAAGUAAAUGUCCAAUAUAGCUCAAUCGUGAUUCUAUCAGCACGUAGUAUACCGCGUGUUUACGAACAAUCGUCCAUGUAUCGCGAUUCGUCGUAUCACCCGCUUAUACUUAAGUUACAUAACUGUUAAUCUGUAUAACUGCUGUCAUUAUUUAUUUUCACUUUCAUUUAAAUUCAUUUUUUUUUUUAAC